AUGAGGAAGAUCCAGAAAACUGAGGGGGGAGAGAAUGAGAUCAUUGCAAAUUUUGAAGAGGAGAGCAAUGUUCUGAAAAUUUAUUCAACGAAGGCCCAAACCGCCUAUAUGGAGAGGUUGACAGAGUUCUCCUCUUUGUGCGCCGCAUCUACCUUCAUUUCGCCUCCCCUCCUCUCCAAAGGUUUGCAAAUAAACGAAUUUGAAACCUUCAUUUUCAUCUACCUUUCAUCUUCUCCAUUUUCUAAGCUACGAUCCCAUCAUUUCGCCUCCCCUCCUCUCCAAAGGUUUUCAACUAUUCCUAACUACAAAACUGGAUUUAAGAAUCAGAUUCGGGCGAUACAAGAGGCAACUGCAGAUACUAUAACUUCCCAGAAACGAAAAGAAGAUGAUGAACAAAAAUCCCAACAAAAUUGGAAGAUUAAAAUGUUUUAUGAGGGGGAUUGUCCGCUUUGCAUGCGUGAGGUUGACAUGCUAAGGGAGAGGAAUAAGCAAUAUGGCACUAUCAAGUUUGUUGACAUUAGUUCUGAUGAUUAUUCUCCUGAAGAAAAUCAAAGAUCGGACUACAAAACUGUAUGUUCACAUUGUACAUUUUUUUUAAUCCACAUGAGAAGUUAGCUACUUUGUGUAGUGUAGUUUUUUUAUUUCUUUUUCCGAGGUUAUUGAACCCAUUUUUCAUAAAUUUCAAGGGUUAUUCUUUCAAGGAACAUGGUUUGUAUUGUUUU